AUGGAGUUUCCACGUCGUCAGAUCCCGGUGAACGCAUUACUCGACAGUGGCUGUACUGGUUCCUGUAUCGAUGAGGACUUUGUUCAACAAAACAGCAUUUGCACACGCAAAACAGCCUUGCCUAUUCCAGUCUACAAUGCGGAUGGCAGCGCCAACGCCAAUGGCAGCAUCACAGAGUUUGUCGACAUCGCCAUGACCAUCGGAGACCAUCGGGAGCAGAUCGCUCUUGCCGUGGCCAAGCUAGGCUCCUCGCCGCUGUUCAUCGGACAUGAAUGGCUACACUUCCACAACCCUAGCACCGACUGGGAAACCUCCACUGUGUUGUUUGAUCGUUGCCCGGAACUCUGUGCCAAGCUACAGGACCACAUGCACCAAGAGGAGGAGGCUGAGGAUGAAGAGGCUAAGCUCAAAAAGGAACAAACCUUCCAAGAGCGUGUACCCUCGCUCUACCACGACUUCUGCAACCUCUUCGAUAAGGAGGACUUUGACAAGCUCCCACCACAGACCAAGUGGAGUCAUGUUAUCGAGCUUAUCCAAGGCGCACGCCCGGUAGACUGCAAGGUCUACCCCCUCACGCUCGCAGAACAAGACGAACUGCGCAAGUUCAUUGAAGAGAACCUCAAAUCCGGCCCCAUCCGCCCGUCCAAAUCGCCCAUGGCCUCGCCCUUCUUCUUCAUCGAAAAGAAAGAUGGCUCUCUGCGCCCCGUACAGGACUACCGUAAACUCAACGAGAUGACCGUGAAGAAUCGCUACCCGUUACCGCUCAUUCAAGAGCUUCUCGACAAGCUCAAAGGCACCCGCUACUUCACCAAGUUGGACGUUCACUGGGGAUACAACAACGUGCGCAUCAAGGAGGGCGACGAGUGGAAGGCCGCAUUCCCCACCAAUAUGGGGACUCUUCGAGCCAACCGUUAUGUUCUGUGGCCUCACUAA